AACCUGCUCUCCGACAACCAACGCGGACUUUAAGCGGCAGGACGCGGCUCGGUGUCAGAGACCCGCCCGACCCAACCGAGCAUGAAGGGAAUAAUGUUUAACCCCCCGCCUCGGAACCGUGAAAACGCCCCCAACGGUGACUCGGCAGCGGAUCCUGUUCGCAUCAACACGUCCCUGCUGAGCCCGACGACCUGCGAGGCUCCCUGCGAAACGACGUGGCCGCCGCCCGGAGCCAGGAUGCGGAUCUCCAAGGCCAACAAGGGCGCGGUGGUGGUGAGAGUGGUCCGGCGGCAUUCCUCCCCGCAAUCGGCCAGCCUGGAGGAGGUCUGGAGUCCGAGAGAGGAGAAACCCCGGAACCCCGAGAGGAAGAAGCCGUCGGAAGCGGCUAAAAACGGGGUUGAAGGGCAAGGUGGGGGGCCACCCCGGAGCAGGAAGAGCCGGUUCCGAGCCCCCGACGUGAGGACCAUCUUCUCCCCCGGAGAAAAGGACCCCAGAGUGAAGGAGGAGACCGGGGAGGGACACACCUUCGAGCCCGGAGGCGAGAACAACUGGUGCGAUGUGUGCUGCAAUUAUAUCCUCCAACACGGACUCACCUGUGCAGGUUGUAAAUAUGCUUGUCAUGCUGAAUGUCGAGAGAGAGUGUCACUCGACUGCCAUCCUGCUGCGUCGCCUCUCAGUCAGGACCAUCUGAACAACAACAACACGCCGCUCCAUGAUGUGGAGAAGGAACGAGAAGUACGGACGGAGUUCAGCAGGGAGGAAAUCCAGCAGAAAAUUGACCAGUACAACUCUCUGACCAGAGACUACCUUAAAAUGACUCUGAGCCCUACUGGUGUGUACACUGGUUUCGUCAAGGUCAUGAUGGAUCUGAGGCGACCGGUGACGGUGCGCGGAGGUCAGAGGGCAGCGGGAGGAGCCACGAUGGGAGAGGCCUUCUAUCUACCGCGAGGAGUCAUCAACACUCUCCACAUCAGCUCUGAAAACACGGUCAAGCAGGUGAUCAUGGCGCUGCUGAACAAGUUCACGGUGGCAGACAACCCGGCCAAGUACGCGCUGUACAAGCGUUGCCGUAGAGACGAGCAGGUGUAUGUGUGCAAGCUGGCGGACGUUGAGAAGCCGCUGUUCCUUCGCCUUGUGGCCGGACCCGACCUCGACACGCUCAGCUUCGUUCUGAGAGAACAACAGACCGGAGAAGUUAUGUGGGACGCCUUCUCCAUCCCAGAGCUGCGAAACUUUCUCCGGAUACUUGACAAAGAGGAGCAGGAGCAGAAGGAGGCGAUAAUUCGCCGCUAUGAAGUCUGCCGUCAGAGACUGCAGGAGGCCAUGAUGGCGGUCGGAUCGCCUUCGUAGACGAUUUACCCUCCAUCAAACCAAAUGGACGUUGUUUUUCUGUUGUAAAUCUCCUCGGAGGUGAAAGUGUUGGUGGAGGGACGGCUGUGAGUACGGAGGGAACCAGCACCUGGACGGACGGAGGGAUGGUUUGGAUAAAAGACUUGAAGGACAAAUAAGAAAAUAAAUGAACUUUUAGACUUCCUUCACUCGCCAAAGAUUCAUUCACAUGCCACAUUAUUUCCUCUCAACCAUCCCUCGUUCUUUUUUCUUCUGCUGUCACAUAAUUUAUCUUGAUUCCUUUUUGUUUCUUUCACUUUAUUUUAACUAGUGAAAGAC